GCCAGUGCUAUGGGGAGAGCAGCAGCGUGGAUGUAUCCCUUACUUUUAUUGGUAGUCAGUGACUUGAUUCACGGACUGAGUACAACAGAAUCAACUUCAAUAUCUGUUGAAUCAACAACUACAAUACCAACCUCUACAUCCAUAACUGCACCAACAACUAUAUCAGAACCAACAACUACAGAGACAUCUACUCAGCCAACAAUUACUUCAGGUGCUUCUCUGACUCCUCCUAUGGAAUCAUCUUCAACACCUGUGCAAUCGGCAACUACAAUACCAAUCUCUGUAUCUGCAACUGCAACAACAAUCACAUCAGAACCAACAAGCACAGAAACUUCCACUCGGCCAACAAUAACUGCUUCAACUGUUUCGACAACAGCUUCCAUGGAAUCAUCUUCAACACCGGUACAAUCAACCACUACAAUACCAAUCACUACAUCCACAGCUGCAGCGACAACCACAUCAGAAACAACAAGAACGGAGACAUCCACCCAGACAACAACAACAAAUUCAACUCUUUCUACAAUGGAUCCCACGGAAUCAACUUCAAAACCUGUGCAUUCGACAACUACAUUGUCUAUCCCUCGAUCGCCAACUGAAACAACAACUCCAUCAGGUCCAACAAGUACGGAGACUUCCACUCAGCCAACAACAACUGCUUCAACUGUUUCGACAACAGCUUCUACGGAAUCAUCUUCAACACCGGUACAAUCAACCACUACAAUACCAAUCACUACAUCCACAGCUGCAGUAACAUCCACAUCAGAAACAACAAGUACGGAGACUUCCACUCAGACAUCAACAACGAAUUCAACUCUUUCCACCAUGACUCCCACGGAUUCAACUUCAACACCUGUGCAUUCGACAACUACAUUUACUAUCCCUCGAUCGCCAACUGAAACAACAACUCCAUCAGGCUCUACAAUUACGGAGACUUCCACUCAGCCAACAACAAUUGCUUCAACUGUUUCUACAACACCUUCUACGGAAUCAUCUUCAACACCGGUACAAUCAACCACUACAAUACCAAUCACUACAUCCACAGCUGCAGUAACAUCCACAUCAGAAACAACAAGUACAGAGACUUCCACUCAGACAUCAACAACGAAUUCAACUCUUUCUGCAAUGGCUCCCGUGGAAUCAACUUCAACAGCUGUGCUUUCGACAACUACAAUAUCUAUUCCUACAUCGACAACUGAAACAACAACUCCAUCAGGUCCUACAACUACGGAGACUUCCACUCAGCCAACAACAACUGCUUCAACUGUUUCGACAACAACUUCUACGGAAUCAUCUUCAACACAGGUACAAUCAACCACUACAAUACCAAUCACUACAUCCACAGCUGCAGUAACAUCCACAUCAGAAACAACAAGUACGGAGAUUUCCACUCAGACAUCAACAACGAAUUCAACUCUUUCCACAAUGACUCCCACGGAAUCAACUUCAACACCUGUGCAUUCGACAACUACAUUGUCUAUCCCUCGAUCGCCAACUGAAACAACAACUCCAUCAGGCCCUACAAUUACGGAGACUUCCACUCAGCCAACAACAACUUCUACGGAAUCAUCUUCAACACAGGUACAAUCAACCACUACAAUACCAAUCACUACAUCCACAGCUGCAGUAACAUCCACAUCAGAAACAACAAGUACGGAGACUUCCACUCAGACAUCAACAACGAAUUCAACUCUUUCUGCAACGGCUCCCAUGGAAUCAACUUCAACAGCUGUGCAUUCGACAACUACAAUGUCUAUCCGUACAUCGACAACUGAAACAACAACUCUAUCAGGUCCUACAACUACGGAGACUUCCACUCAGCCAACAAUAAUUGCUUCAACUGUUUCGACAACAGCUUCGACGGAAUCAUCUUCAACACUGGUACAAUCAACCACUACAAUACCAAUCACUACAUCCACAGCUGCAGUAACAUCCACAUCAGAAACAACAAGUACGGAGACUUCCACUCAGACAUCAACAAUGAAUUCAACUCUUUCUACACCGACUCCCAAGGAACCAACUUCAACAGCUGUGCAUUCGACAACUACAUUGUCUAUCCCCCGAUCGCCAACUGAAACAACAACUCCAUCAGGUCUAACAAGUACGGAGACUUCCACUCAGCCAACAACAAUUGCUUCAACUGUUUCGACAACAGCUUCGACGGAAUCAUCUUCAACACAGGUACAAUCAACCACUACAAUACCAAUCACUACAUCCACAGCUGCAGUAACAUCCACAUCAGAAACAACAAGUACGGAGACUUCCACUCAGACAUCAACAACGAAUUCAACUCUUUCUGCAACAGCUCCCAUGGAAUCAACUUCAACAGCUGUGCAUUCGACAACUGAAAUGUCUAUUCCUACAUCGACAACUGAAACAACAACUCCAUCAGGUCCUACAACUACGGAGACUUCCACUCAGCCAACAAUUGCUUCAACUGUUUCGACAACAGCUUCUACGGAAUCAUCUCCAACACCGGUACAAUCAACCACUACAAUACCAAUCACUACAUCCACAGCUGCAGUAACAUCCACAUCAGAAACAACAAGUACGGAGACUUCCACUCAGACAUCAACAACGAAUUCAACUCUUUCGACAACGACCCUCAUGGAAUCAACUUCAACAGCUGUGCAUUCGACAACUACAAUGUCUAUCCCUACAUUGACAACUGAAACAACAACCCCAUCAGGUCCAACAAGUACGGAGACUUCCACUCAGCCAACAACAACUGCUUCAACUGUUUCGACAACAGCUUCGACGGAAUCAUCUUCAACACCGGUACAAUCAACCACUACAAUACCAAUCACUACAUCCACAGCUGCAGUAACAUCCACAUCAGAAACAACAAGUACGGAGACUUCCACUCAGACAUCAACAACGAAUUCAACUCUUUCUGCAACGACUCCCAUGGAAUCAAUUUCAGCACCUGUGCAUUCGACAACUACAUUGUCUAUCCCUCGAUCGACAACUGAAACAACAACUCCAUCAGAUCCAACAACUAUGGAGACUUCCACUCAGCCAACAACAAUUGCUUCAACUGUUUCUACAACAGCUUCUACGGAAUCAUCUUCAACACAGGUACAAUCAACCACUACAAUACCAAUCACUACAUCCACAGCUGCAGUAACAACCACAUCAGAAACAACAAGUACGGAGACUUCCACUCAGACAUCAACAAUGAAUUCAACUCUUUCUACAACGACUCCCACGGAUUCAACUUCAACAGCUAUGCAUUCGACAACUACAAUGUCUAUCCCUACGUCGACAACUGAAACAACAACUCCAUCAGGUCCAACAAGUACGGAGACUUCCACUCAGCCAACAACAACCGCUUCAACUGUUUCUACAACAGUUGCCACAAACUCAACUGCAACACCAAUGCAAUCGACAACUACAAUACCUGUUCCUAGAUCUACAACGGCAACAAGAAUUACACCCGAAGCAACAAGCACAAAGACAUCCACUCAGCCAACAACAACAACCUCUAGUGCUUUAACUCUUGCCGCUGAAACAUCUCCAACACAGGUACUAUCAACCACUACAAUACCUAUCACUAUAUCCACAGCUGCAGUAACAUCCACAUCAGAAACAACAAGUACGGAGACUUCCGCUCAGACAUCAACAACUACAUCAACUGUUUCUACAAGUACUCCUACAGAAUCAACACCGGUACAAUCAACCACUACAAUACCAAUCACUACAUCCACAACUGCAGUAACAACCAUAUCAGAAACAACAAGUACGGAGACUUCCACUCAGACAUCAACAAGUAGCUCAAAUACUUCGACUCUCUCUGUGGAAUCAUCUUCAACACAGGUACAAUCAACCACUACAAUACCAAUCACUACAUCCACAACUGCAGUAACAUCCACAUCAGAAACAACAAUUACGGAGACUUCCACUCAGACAUCAACAACGAAUUCAACUCUUUCUGCAAUGACUCCAACGGAAUCAACUUCAAUGCCUGUGCAUUCGACAACUACAUUGUCUAUCCCUCGAUCGACAACUGAAACAACAACUCCAUCAGGUCCAACAAGUACGGAGACUUCCACUCAGCCAACAACAACUGCUUCAACUGUUUCUACAACAGCUUCUACGGAAUCAUCUUCAACACCGGUACAAUCAACCACUACAAUACCAAUCACUACAUCCACAGCUGCAGUAACAUCCACAUCAGAAACAACAAGUACGGAGACUUCCACCCAGACAUCAACAACUAUAUCAAGUGCUUCUACAACUACUCCUACGGAAUCAUCUUCAACACCGGUACAAUCAACCACUACAAUACCAAUCACUACAUCCACAGCUGCAGUAACAACCACAUCAGAAACAACAAGUACGGAGACUUCCACUCAGACAUCAACAAAUACCUCAAGUACUUUGACUACUCCUGUUGAAGCAAGUUCUUCACCUGCACAAUCAUUGAGUACAAUAUCCAACUCUACAUCCACAAUGGCACCAAGUACACCAGAACAAAGGAUACAGAGUUCCCCUCAGCCAAUAGCAACACAACGCAAAGUAAUCCUAAGGUUUACUGUCUCAAGUGAGGAUGUGAAUUUGGCUGAUCAACUAAUAAGAGAGGAAGUUCUUCAAAAUCUUCAAUUGUUCGCCCAGAAACUAAUAGUAGAGGGAAUAAGAAGACUUCAGUGAAAUCUGCAAUGUAUGCUGUAAUGCACUUCACGUCGCAAGCUGACUAACAGCAUGAGAGUUCAAGUGGGACAAGAAUGUUUCAUUGUUGUACUGUACAAUUUAAAUUUUACAUUUGUCUCCUUUACGAUCUUGACCAUCUCUGCUUUAAGUAAAUUAUUGUUGAUUAGCAACAUAAGUGGGAAUGUCAUUAAACCAGAGAUAAUGGGAACUGCAGAUGCUGGUAAAUCCGAGAUAACAAGGUGUAG